CAAGUAAGUGAGGAUGCUGGCAGAACAUUCCAGAACCUCACGACCCUAGAACUCUCUAGUUUCUUUCUUGGCUCUACCGCUCCCUCUUCUUCAGUCUUCACUCGAUCAAAUAAAACCCAUUUCUUCGCGUAAACCAAAACCACCCUAAAAUCUGAACUCCGAUCCAUGGCCGACGAAGCCAAAGCCAAAGGCAACGCUGCUUUCUCUUCCGGCGACUAUGCCGCCGCCAUCCGUCACUUCUCCGACGCCAUCGCUCUAUCCCCUGAAAAUCACGUCCUCUAUUCAAAUCGAUCUGCGGCUUACGCCUCUCUCCAAAAAUACACGGAGGCUUUAGCCGACGCCAAGAAGACCGUCGACCUAAAAUCCGACUGGUCCAAGGGUUACAGUCGUCUCGGCGCCGCUCAUCUUGGUCUUAACCAAUACGACGACGCCGUUUCAGCUUACAAAAAGGGCCUCGAAAUCGACCCAAACAAUGGGCCCCUCAAGUCCGGUUUAUCUGAUGCCCAGGCUGCGGCGGCGGCGGCAGCUUCCAGGUCCCGCUCGGUUCCGCCAUCAACUAACCCCUUCGGCGACGCUUUUUCUGGCCCCGAGAUGUGGGCCAGGCUCACUGCUGACCCUACCACUAGGGCUUACCUUCAACAACCUGAUUUCGUGAAGAUGAUGCAGGAUAUUCAGAGAGAUCCCAACAAUCUGAACCUGCACUUGAAGGACCAAAGAGUCAUGCAAGCCAUUGGGGUUUUGCUCAACGUGAAGAUUCGAACACCGACGGAUGACACUGAUAUGCCGGAGUCUUCUUCACCUUCGCCGUCCGAGAGGAAGAGAGCUGCCGAAGCCGAACCUGCGAAGCAACCGGAGCCCGAGUCUGAACCUGAGCCCAUGGAAGUGACAAGUGAGGAGAGGAGCGCAAAGGAGAGGAAGGCUCAGGCUCAGAAGGAAAAGGAAGCGGGCAAUGCAGCGUACAAAAAGAAGGAUUUUGAUACCGCAAUUGAACAUUACUCGAAGGCUAUGGAGUUGGAUGAUGAGGAUAUAUCGUAUCUCACAAACCGAGCUGCUGUUUACUUGGAAAUGGGAAAGUACGAUGAAUGCAUAAAAGACUGUGAGAAUGCUGUUGAAAGAGGAAGAGAACUAAGGUCAGACUUCAAGAUGAUAGCAAGAGCUUUGACAAGGAAAGGAACUGCCUUGGUCAAAAUGGCAAAAUGCUCGAAGGAUUAUGAACCUGCCAUUGAGACUUUCCAAAAAGCACUUACAGAGCACCGCAACCCAGACACCUUGACCAAACUUAAUGAAGCUGAGAAGGCCAAGAAAGAACUAGAACAACUAGAAUACUUUGAUCCAAAGUUGGCUGAAGAGGAGAGAGAAAAGGGAAAUGAAUUCUUCAAGCAGCAGAAGUAUCCUGAGGCUAUAAGGCAUUACACAGAGUCUAUAAGAAGAAACCCAAAAGAUCCUAAGGCUUAUAGUAACAGAGCUGCAUGCUACACUAAACUGGGGGCAAUGCCUGAAGGUUUGAAGGAUGCAGAGAAGUGCAUUGAGCUUGAUCCAACCUUCUCAAAGGGUUAUAAUAGGAAAGGUGCGGUCCAGUUUUUCAUGAAAGAAUAUGACAAGGCUUUGGAAACAUAUAAAGAGGGAUUGAAACAUGACCCUAACAACCAGGAGUUGCUUGACGGCAUUGCAAGAUGUGUACAACAAAUUAAUAAGGCCAGCCGUGGAGAUUUGACUCCCGAUGAAUUGAAGGAGAGGCAGGCUAAAGGAAUGCAGGAUCCAGAGAUACAGAACAUCCUCCAAGACCCUGUUAUGAGACAGGUAUUGAUUGAUUUCCAGGAAAAUCCCAAGGCUGCACAGGAACAUACUAAGAAUCCAAUGGUGAUGAGCAAGAUCCAAAAGCUGAUCAGUGCCGGAAUUGUUCAGAUGAAGUAAAUUUGAUGGAAGGUGGCAGGGAGUUCAUGCGAAGAAGCAAUUGACAAUUACAUUUCGCAGUGUGACAUUGAUACUUUAAUAGAUUGGGUUGGAGAACAAACUGGGAGAUUUUGAGUUGUUUUCUAAUUUUGCUUUGUUUUAGUGAAUUCAUACAAUUUAUGAGAAACUCAAUUGCAGUCCAUUUUUCCAUUUCGUUGGUU